AUGAUGUUCCCUGGCCUCCUCGCACCCCACGCCGGGUACCCCAGCCUCCUGCGCCCUACGCCCACCUUAACGCUGCCCCAGUCCCUCCAGUCGGCAUUUUCCGGCCAUUCGAGCUUCCUGGUGGAAGAUCUAAUCCGCAUCAGCCGACCCCCCGCUUACCUGCCCCGCAGCGUGCCCACGGCCACCGGCCUGUCGCCCCCCAGGUCCGGUCCCCCCUCGGCCCUCACAGACACCGGAGCCUCUGACUUAGGCUCUCCGGGUGCGGGCAGCCGGCGCGGCGGCUCUCCGCAGACGAUCGUCUCCUCUGCCAGUGAGCCCACGUUUCUGAAGUUUGGGGUGAAUGCCAUUCUUUCUUCGACUCCCAGAACCGAAACGCCCCCUGCCUUGCUCCAGAGCGUCCCUCCCAAGACCUUCGCCUUUCCCUAUUUUGAAGGCUCCUUCCAGCCCUUCAUCAGAUCUUCUUAUUUCCCAGCAUCGUCCAGUGUGGUGCCCAUCCCUGGUACCUUCUCCUGGCCGCUGGCAGCGCGCGGCAAGCCACGCAGGGGCAUGUUGCGCAGAGCCGUGUUCUCCGACGUGCAACGCAAAGCGCUGGAGAAGAUGUUCCAGAAGCAAAAGUACAUCAGCAAGCCGGACCGCAAGAAGCUGGCUGCCAAAUUGGGCCUGAAAGAUUCACAGGUGAAAAUCUGGUUCCAGAACCGUCGCAUGAAAUGGCGCAACUCCAAAGAGCGCGAACUUCUGUCCAGCGGGGGCUGCCGCGAGCAGACUCUUCCCACCAAACUCAACCCGCACCCCGACCUCAGCGACGUGGGUCAGAAGGUCCCUGGGGACGACGAGGACGAAGAGGAGGGUCCAGGCAGCCCACGCCACCACUUGGCUUUUCACACAUCGCCAGACCCCCGGCACCUUCGGGACUCACGGCUUGAUGGGGCGCUGCCUUCCUCCCCUGCACACUCCAGCAGUCCUGGCAAACCUUCGGAUUUCUCCGACUCCGAGGAGGAGGACGAGGACGAGGACGAGGAGAUCACCGUGUCCUAG